CUUGUCCUCCACCUCCGCUGCAGCCCGAGUCUAGCCGGCUUCAGAAGCCCGCGCUGCCUCGGUCGCCGCUGCUGCCCCAUCCCCGCCCCCAGCCCAGCAGCCUGAGCUGCCCACUCCUCGGUGGCACUUGAGGGUCCUCGCCCUGUCUGCGCCUCCUCCACCUCAACCAGGGGGCACAGCCUCCACCUGACCCCUCCCCGAGGCGGGACCCUGAGCCUUCCUCAGCUCCCGUGCGCUUCUCCACUCGGUAUUGCUGCGGCUGCUGCUGCUGCCGCCGCCGCAAUUGUGGACUGCCCUUGGACGGCAGGAGAUGCAGGAGGGCUUUAGGGCGCACCUUCCUGCUCCCCCGAGUCGCACCUAACCCGCGGAGGCGCUUGGAGCCGCUGUUACCCGCCUCCAGCCAACAUACCGAUCUCUUUCCUUAACCCCUUCUUACCUUUCUCCCUCCCCUUUCCUCCCCCCACCCCUCCACCAGGUCCCUCAGGUGCGCUGCUCCCCCUCUUCCCGCCCCAUCCCUCAUGGCUAAGCAACUGAUUCUGGUCUGUUGGGUUGUACUGGCUGUGACUUGGGGCCGGGCGACCAGCCCUCCCCCCACAGGGUCCAGCGAGCCCCCAAAUCUGCAGACUGAGGCACCCACAGAGGAAGAGACCCUGCAAAACGAAGCGGACAACCAAGAGAACAUUUUAUCUCAGUUAUUAGGAGACUAUGAUAAAGUGAAAGCUGUCACAGAAGGCUCAGACUGUCGAUGUAAGUGUGUGGUGAGACCUCUGGGCAGAGACGCCUGCCAAAGGAUCAAUGAAGGCACUUCACGAGCUGAAGAUUUUUACACUGUGGAAACAAUCACCUCGGGUCCGGCUUGCAAGUGUGCCUGUGUGGCUCCACCAUCAGCCCUUAACCCCUGUGAGGGAGACUUCAGGCUGAAACAGCUGCGUGAGGCAGAUGCCCGUGAUUUCAAGCUCUCCACCAUCAUGGACAUGCUGGAAGGGGCUUUCUAUGGCCUGGAUCUUCUAAAACUUCAUUCAGUCACCACAAAGUUGGUGGGCCGAGUGGAGAAACUGGAGGAGGAAGUUUCCAAAAAUCUCACCAAGGAAAAUGAGAAGAUCAAAGAGGACAUGGAAGAUAUUCAGAAUGAAAUGAACAAGAGAGACAAAGAAAACUGCUCCAGUGGUAUCCCAGGAAGCAUUCCAGGCCUUCGGGCAGCCUUACAGAGGGAUGCUGCUGCAGCAUAUGCUCUCCCUGAGCAGUAUGAAGAGCGGUUUCUUCGAGAAGAAACUGUGUCCCAACAAGUCAACACCAUUGAUCUACUUCCACUUCAGCCCCCGGCUCCUCCAGAGGCCAUGACACCACGGAGGCCCCUCCAAAGGCAGAUCCACCUGAGGGGCCGGCCAGCCUCUAAACCUACUGUCAUACGGGGUAUCACCUAUUACAAGGCCAAGGUCUCUGAGGAAGAGAAUGACAUCGAGGAGCAGCAAGACGAGCUUUUCAGUGGGGAGAAUUCCAUGGACUUGCUCAUUGAAGACCAGCUCUUGAGGCAUGAUGACCUGUUGACUAGUACUACCAGUAGGCCAACUCACAGUUCUGCCAUGACAACAGAUUACACCACUCAGGCUACACCUGUUAAAAUGGCAGCCACUUUACUCCCACCUACAACCUCUGCUGAAUCUACAGUGGGAGUCACCAGGGCCCCUUUGGCCACCUCGAGCAACCAACUCCCAGUGCUGCCUACAAGUACAGAAUCUCCAGAAGACAUCCAUGAGGUGACCUCCGAGGCACCAACAACCACAGUGGCACAAACCACCAUCCAGGUGCCACUGACCACAGAGACCUUUACAACAGUAGCAAUGGAUGGAGUGGCAACAGGCACUCACAUUGCCCCAUUUCCUCCCACCACCAUCAGGGCAGGGACUGAGGACCCACUUGGGAUAGACACUGCUUCUGCUGGAAAAGACACAACUCCCCCUAGGCCCACUCUAAGUCCAGAGGAAGAAGACGACAUUAGGAAUGUGAUUGGAAGGUGCAAAGACACCCUUUCCACAAUCACAGGUCCCAUUACUCAGAACACUUAUGGCAGGAAUGAAGGGGCUUGGAUGAAAGAUCCCCUGGCCAAGGAUGAGAGAAUUUAUGUUACUAAUUAUUACUAUGGCAAUACUCUGGUGGAGUUCCGGAAUUUGGAUAACUUUAAACAAGGUCGUUGGAGCAACUCCUACAAACUCCCAUAUAGCUGGAUAGGCACAGGCCAUGUUGUGUACAAUGGGGCCUUUUACUACAACCGUGCCUUUACCCGCAAUAUCAUCAAGUAUGACCUGAAGCAACGCUAUGUGGCUGCAUGGGCAAUGCUCCAUGAUGUCGCCUAUGAGGAAGCCACACCAUGGAGAUGGCGGGGUCACUCAGAUGUGGACUUUGCAGUGGAUGAGAAUGGCCUAUGGCUUAUCUACCCAGCUCUUGACGAUGAGGGCUUUAGCCAGGAGGUCAUUGUCCUUAGCAAGCUCAACUCUGUGGACCUUAGCACACAGAAGGAGACCACUUGGAGGACUGGCCUGCGGCGGAACUUCUAUGGGAACUGCUUUGUUAUCUGUGGUGUACUCUAUGCUGUGGACAGCUACAACCAGCGUAAUGCCAAUAUCUCCUAUGCCUUUGACACCCACACCAAUACCCAAAUAGUACCAAGGUUGCUCUUUGAGAACGAAUACUCUUACACCACCCAGAUAGACUACAACCCCAAAGAUCGCCUACUUUAUGCCUGGGACAAUGGCCACCAGGUCACCUACCACGUGAUCUUUGCCUACUGACACCUCCUCCUAUGCAAGUUGGGGCAGUAAAGGGGCCAUUAGCACCUUUUAUGUGUGUGUAUAUGUGUUUGUGUUUAUGUGUGAGUGUGUGUUUGUAAUGUGUGUGUGUGCCUUAAAGAUUAUUAUUAUUUGUACAAAUUUGUACAAAGGGUGAAAUGACAGUUUGAAUCUUUUUCUUAACAUGGAUUGUGGAUCAAUCCCUAUAUGUGCUGGUCUCUUCUAUUUUUUUUUAGUGCAAAAGUACAGUUCUAUUUGACCAGUAACCACUCUUCCUCUAACCCUGACCCUUCCAUCUCCCAUUUCUUAUUCCCUGACUGUAAAAACAGAGAUUUCUUUACUAGGUAACAUAAUCCAUCUGGAUCAAUCAAGAGGAGAGGAAGAGAGAGGUUCAAGUGGAGAAAAAAACUAAAUAUAUAAAGAAUGCUCUUUUUAACCAUGAAGACUUAAGAUUGUGUUUUUAAAAGUUUAAAAAAAAAGCAUAACCUGCAACAAAUACUUUUUUUAAUAAAAAAGAAAU